GUAUAUAGUAUUUCGCAAAAGAGUGAAGAAGUAUAUGUUAGUAUCAUAUCAAAGUCAAUGGGAAGCAUAAUAAGUUUUAGCUCCUCUAAAUGCUACAUGUAGGCAGUUUUAAUCCUCGCAGUGACUACCAAUAAAUAAAACGAACCAUUUGGACAAUUCCCAAAGGAAAGUUCUUGCAGUGAAUUUGUGAAUUUGAGCGGUGAAAAUUUUCAAUCAGAAGGAAUGGUUCUUUUUUUCUACUAGUGUAUCUGUGUGUGCACUUUCCGUGGCCCCGCAGAGGAUAAUAACUCUGCACGGACAUUUCAAUCGAUUUUACACAAAAUAAUCAGCAAGAGCUGCACAGCAGGGAUUCCGGGUCAGUGGUGUUAAUUUUAAGGAUCCAAAUCUACAGCCCCCAAUUAGCUGGCAGAUUUCCUCGUAAAUGCAAGUGAGGAAAAUUAUUUAAGAGAAAAUGUACAAGACAUUGCGUCAUGGUGAGAAUAGUCUGCAGUACACAAUCCUGCCCCAGAAUGAUGACUACCGCAGUGGAACAGGUGGUGGGGAAGGUAGCAGAAAGAGGAAUAGCACAACAUGCAGGCACAACCGCAAAAGAUCCAUCGUGGCAUAUGUGGGGCUAUUCUUUGUUGGUGCUGUAAUUGCGGGAACCCUCCUGAUUCCCCUAAUGGUGACCAGUGAUCUCAUGCCAAGCCCCGCUUCGUGGUUCUACCGGGCUCAGAAGGCACGAGAGAUGCGCAAUCCUGUCACGGUGAAGUAUCACGUGGAGAAGACGGCCUUACCACCUGGGAAUUCAUCCCAGAAAAUAAAGAAACAGAAGACACAGUCACCAGCAUGGUCAGAUAUGCUCAACAUCACGGAAUUUGAGAAGUUGUACGAUGAGAGCAAUGCUCUAGCAGCAAAAUCAACAACAAGCACCCCACCUGUUGUGAGGUUUACGCCACAUCUUCAGCCGCUGCAGUCAACCACAGAGACCACGAGCACCACGACUGGGAAGACCUCAACCGCAGCUACACCCCCAAAGCCCCAAAUAAUCCCAUCAAAUACCCCAAUUCCCACCAUGAUCAACACCCAAAAGCAACCACUUCUAUCAAGAAUUAGAGACUUUACGCGCUUCUCCAGUAAACCCAUUGUUAUGGUGAGCCAGCAAAAGGAUAAAAUUCCCGUCAACUCCGCAUCUGAUAAGACUUUGGAAGAGAAUAAUUGGGUGCAAUCCCACUGGCCAUACGUUGAUCCUUCUACAUAUUUUCAGUGGGUGGGAUACAACACGGAAGACAGAGUAAUCUUACCUGCCGUCCUGGGAAUAACUCUCAUAUUGAUUCUCAUCAUUGUAGUCCUCUGUGUGAUCGCGCGGCGCAAAGGAGUUUGCCAAGCAUGUGCUAGAAGAAAUGGAAAGAAUGUCUUUGAGAAACUUGAAUCACAAAAUGAUGACAACAAAACCCUUCUUACCAAUGAAAAUCAUUCAGAAGAGGAGUAGAGAUCCCAUCUCAAUCUUUUAAACUAAUUAAUUUUCAGAUUUAUGAGUUGCUUGUCUUAAGUAAUUUAAGGAUAUGGGCAAGUUAAUUUAUAAAUUCUAAAAUAUUUAAUUUGACUUUUGAUUUACAAUCUUGUCCAGAAAAUUGAUCUCUGUGCUGGAAGGAACUAGUCAAACUUGUGCACCAUAAAUAAUCUAAAAAGUAUUUAAAUAAUGAAAACUCAUUCCAUUAAUCUCUUUUUCAAGCCAUGAAAAUUAUUUCUCUUCAUGUCAGGCUUUAUGCUAUAAAGAUAUUGCUUAAAAAUGAAUUUAGUUUUUAUAAUCUGAUAAAAACAUGUAAACAGUAUAAAGAAAACGUAUCUGUAAUAAUCCUAAACUAACAAAAAAAUGUAAUACAUGAAAUGAAGAUUCUAUAAGUCUUGUAAGUUGACGAUAAAUUGGUAUUUAAGAUGUAUUAAGAAAAUUAAGGAUAAUAAGAAAAUGUACUUAGGGUAGGAUAUGGAACGAAUUUCUGGGACUGUAUUUCUUUCAGUGUGAUUUCAUCAAAAUUAAACGGAUAUUUUUAUCUUAAUUGUGGCCGCCAUAUUAGAUUGAAAUAUCUUUGUUUUUUUAUAUUUUUGUGAUGAAGAUUUUUGGAUUAGGCAAUCAUAAAUAUUCAAAUUUUACUACUAUUUACUAUUUACAAUGGACUGCAAGCUUAUUUUACAGCUUUUAAAUACUUAAGAUGACUUAGAAUAUAAAGCUAUAUCUAAUAGGCAGUUGUUCAGCCAUAUUUGUAUCAGAAAAAAUAAGAUCAAUCUGAUCAAUGAUUUUUUAUUUUAUUUUCUUUAAUUUUUUAGCUUGAAAAAAAAACCUGAAAGAAGCAGACUUGUUAUAAAAAGAUGGAACAUAAGAUAAAUUAAUGAGCAAUAACUAUUAAAAACAGCCGAGCAGUAUUUAAUUUGGAAGCAACAGGAGGAUGAAGCAUGCUAACGUAAAAAAAGUAUUAUUCUCUGCUUGAUUAAAAUGAUCGUAUAAUAUUUAUAUAAUACUUCAGAAAAUCUUCUUAUAUGUAUAAGAUAAUUAUGCGUGUUUAAUUAAAACGGUGUAUUAAAAAAAGAACUAAUAAUGCAAAAUAUUUAACUGACAAAUAUAUGUGAUUUUUUUUCUUUUAAAUACUUUUAGCAUUCAUUUUUUAUUGUAAAGAAAAGCCUGUGAAAAUAUAAUAAAAUCUAGCUUGUAAGAAUGAUAGAAUAAAAGUAAAUUCUCAACUAAAAAUAUAAUAAUCUCCCAAUGUUCCCAAAAAGAUUGUUGUGUAAAAAAAAUAUUCUAUUUAAUGGAUCAAUGGGAGGAUGUGUAGUGAAAGAAGAGGUAUUUUGAGGAGCGAAUAGAGAAACAACAUAUAACACAUAAAAACCAUAAAAAAGUAUGCUGAAAGGUGCCUUUUCAACAAGAUAAACCAUAUUUUUUUCACAGAUUUAUUUUCCCAAGUAAUAUUUUCUUAUAAUAACUUAGAUGAACGUUUUCGAUUGGAACUUUUCAUCUUUAUUUUUAUAAAAAUGAAGAAAAAACUAAAAGAACAUUUUAAAUGGAUUUGUUGUGUGGGUGUGUACAUAACUUACUCUUUAAAAAAUGGUAGAGAGUAGAGCUGGUAGAGCUAGAACCAAAGAAGAAAAUCCUUUAGAAACAAAAAUUACUUCUAUUUUAUUUAUUAUUUGAAUUUCUCAAUUUUUAAUUGCAUUUUUAGUGUGGAUUGAUCCACAAUUAACUAACUUGACUAACUUUUAACAAAGAAGCACAUAAAUAUGGAGGAAAAUGUAACUUUUCUUGUAAUGCCGAUGUACUCUUAAUAAUAAGGACUUAAAAAAUAAAAUGUAAAAUUCAACAAUAA